AUGCAUCUUCCAACCCCGCCACAGUCGCCCCAACCAGUCUCCUAUUGCGAUGCUCCAGAGGACAAACUUGGGUUACUCCUGGCCAACCGAUUAGAGCUUACCGGCAUACUCGGAGUAGGCGCAUAUGGAGUGGUAUAUUCCGCCAUCGACAUCCAGACAAAUACACCCUAUGCAGUCAAGGCCCUGAACAAGGCCGGCCUGGAUCCCAGACAACGAAAGUUCCAGCAGCGGGAGAUCAAGCUACACCAUAUGGCCAGCCACCACCCCAACGUUGUUUCUUUGGUCCGCAUCAUGGAUUCCCAUGAUUGUACUUUUGUUGUCAUCGAAUUCUGUCCAGAGGGCGAUCUGUUUUCCAAUAUCACCGAACGUGGCCACUUUGUGGGCAAUGAUUUCCUAGCAAAGCGUGCCUUUCUCCAGAUUUUGGAUGCCGUGGAAUUCUGCCACAGUAUUGGGAUCUACCACCGGGACUUGAAGCCGGAAAACAUCUUGGUCUCCGACCGUGGUAUGAACGUUAAGCUUGCAGACUUUGGCCUUGCCACGACAGACGCCUACACCUCCGACUUUGGCUGCGGCUCUACCUUCUACAUGUCUCCUGAGUGCCAACAAUCUACACCUGCUGCCUAUGCCUCCGCGCCCAACGACGUAUGGAGCCUGGGUGUAAUCCUUGUGAACCUUUCUUGUGGCCGCAAUCCAUGGAAACGAGCCUCUCCAGAGGACGCAACCUUUUUGGCUUAUUUGAAGAACCCGCAGUUCCUAAGGACAAUCCUACCACUAUCCCUGGAGCUUAAUGCAAUUUUGAGGCGCAUUUUCGAAUGCGAUCCUCAAAAGAGAAUCACUAUCCCAGAGCUCCGCAAGUUGAUCCUGGAAUGUCCAAGGUUUACUGUCCGUCCAUCGGUCCCAGUCCUCUCUCCACUAGUCACACCACCAACCCAGAGUCUGCAGUGCCUCAAGGAACCAGUGGAAUUCGUGCCAUUCAACAACUCCUACCCUCCAUCUCCACCCGCGGAACUCAUCGAACCUCAAUACUCCAGCUCAGCAGUUUCCGACACCUCGUUGUCUGACGACGACUCAAUAUCCUCUUGCUCCUCAACCGAAUCAACCAACAACUUCCAACCGCGAUUUGUCCCGGCUGUCAUCCCACCUAACUUCUGGGGCUCCUUCAUUCCGAUCAACCACCCAGGGCAGAAGUUGACCAGUCGACAUAGACCUCUGGAACAACCCAUGCCCAUCACGGUUCAAUCCUAA